CGCGCGCGCACCGUCCUCCGCGGGGCAGAGUGGGAUGAAAACAAACGGGAGUUGAUGAUUUCCGGUCACAGUCCCGGUUACCGUUUAACGCCGUUCACACCGGAGCUUCUGUGUCUCGGUAUCCGCUCGCACCAUGUUUAUCCGUCAGCGCCUGUCGGUGUGCGCAUGCGCAGUGCAGUCUCGGGACGCGCUGUAAAUUAAACAUUAAAUAUAAAAUCAAUUAUUAUAGUUCACUUUUGACAAGUUGCAGGUUUGGACGCAGAAACAGCUGUGAGGACUGAAAACAUCUGGCUCUGGGUUUUUUAUUUUGUGAAUUUAUUGAAAAAGUUAAAGGCAUGGUGAACAGCCAGGCGGUGGGCGGAGCCGGGUGUGCGUCACGUGCGUGCGCGGGCUGCGGAGGCCAAAUCUCCGACCGCUUCCUCCUCUUCUCCAUGGAGCGCUACUGGCACACACGCUGCCUGAAGUGCUCGUGCUGCCAGGCUCAGCUGGGAGACAUCGGCACCACGUGCUACAGCAAAGGAGGCAUGAUCCUGUGCAGGAGCGACUACAUCAGGUUGUUCGGGCACACAGGUGCAUGCAGUGCCUGUGGCCAGUCGAUCCCUCCCAGUGAGAUGGUGAUGAGGGCGCAGGGCAACGUCUACCACCUCAAGUGUUUCUCCUGUGCGACGUGCAGAAACCGUCUGGUCCCCGGCGACCGUUUCCACUACGUCAACGGCACCAUCUUCUGCGAGCACGACCGACCCAGUGCCACCCUGCUCAGUGCGCAUCUGCAGGGCAACCCCGUGCUGCCUGACCAAAAAGUUUGCUGAAAGGCCGUCCUCCUCGUCUUCGUCCUCACUUCAUCCCCCCAUCCCGCUGACUGUCAUGGAUCUCUGGCCUCGUGAUCUUCUCCGGCUCUCCUGUGCAUGCACUUCUCCUACACUCACAUCCUGAAAGGUCUUAAUGCACUUCUGUACUUCACUCCCCGGCCCCUCCGCAGGAACUCAUCCUUCCUUCCUUCCUUCCUUCCUUUUCUUUCUGAAUGGAGAUGCAGGAUUUCUCGGUACGCAAGACUCUCUUCGGACCCGGGUUUAUCUCUAAUGGACUCUACGUGAUUUCAGAUAGACUCUAAAGACUUUAAAUGUGGAACCUGAAGACAGUGAAGUGUGGCUUUCAGCAGUACCGCACUGCUUGUGCUCUUAUUUUUAUUUCUGGGUGUUUGCUUUUGCUAGCCGGCAGAACCGCAGUGGGUGGUUUUGUUUUUUUUCUUUUUGGACAUGGUUCAUGGUUGAGGUGUAAAUACUCUUUUUAUAACAGUGCCACGUGUUACAGUUCAAUCAUAUAGUCAAUAUGUGACACUUACUUAUUUAAAACACAAUAUACAAUAAAUGCUUUAAAAAUGAAGAAACCUGAAUAUUUUUUUAAACAACACGGCUGAUGAUGCAUAUUGUUUAUUGCUGUUUGUUCAUGUAGUGAUUAGCUUCACUCCCGUUGGUGCAAAACGCAUUACCCGAAGGAGCGAGUAAGCUCGGAACAUUACAGAAGCAAUUAAUUGUAAGCGUGGAGUGUGUGUGUGUGUGUGUGUGUGUGUGUGUGUGUGUGUGGUAUCUGCUCUUGCAUUUGCACAGGGGAAGCUGAACUUUGCUCUGAUCCUGUGUUCGAAUUUAUUAAAGCUUAAUCUGCCUCCUAGCUAAUUAAGAGGAGCUCGCUGCUUUCGAUUCACUGCCUGAAAACAAUCACGCACAUUAACUGUUUACCGUGUUGCAAUCAACGUACACAACACAUCUCUGAACCCCUCCUCCUCCUCCUUCUCCUUCUCCUCCAACACACACUCUGCCCUCGACUAAGCUGGCUUUGUCGUAUUUGUUGAAAGGCAUUAAAGAAUAACUCCUGCAAUACCUAAAGCAAUAGAAGUGUGUUUAGCUCCGCCCACAUCUACAUGAUUAAAGGCGGUCUUUAAGAUUGUGGCUCAUCACAUUCGCCGAAUUCCGUACGAGAGCACAUGUUCUCCAUGUCAGAUUAUACAGUGAAGAUCCUCUUACGAUAGACCUGUGAUUAUAAAAAAUUAUUACAUUCUGAUAACGUCAUCAAUCAGCGUGAUCCGCAAAUCAGCUCGUGCAGCCGUUUGCUUCUUCGUAGCUACGCGAUUCAUAGCUGUCCCGUGAGUUUGGCGUCAUCCUAUUGGUGGAUUUUAGACGAGCGUCGUAGCAGCGCUCACACUCACAUUGAGAUUUUAAUCAACAGUUUCUCACAAUGCCAAAACUUUGAGAAAGCAAAAAUGGGCCAAAAAUCACACAGUGUAAAGCCAGCUUAAUUGUGUUUCACACUUGACUUUUUUUUUUUUUUUUUUUUUUUUUGCUUGUGUGCGAAAGCUGUUUUCAAACCUAUGUGUUAUCACGGAAAUGAUCUCUGGUCCAUGUGAAAACCAUGUGAGUAGGAGAUGAAUGUUGUGAUUGGUCGAAUAUGUCACAUUCUUUCGAUAGAUAAUGGUUCUUCUUGAAACCUUCUCUAAAAGAGAUUUUUUUUUUUCUCUUAAGAAUGUAGAUUUGCAGAGCAAAGCAAGCAAUGUGACUUCACCUUUCAUUUGAAUUAAUGUUUGUAUACAAGGGAGCAGCUUCAAACUUUGGACCAGUGUCAAGCAAAAGUAACGGUACUUUAAUAAAAUCAAUUAAAUUAACACAUCUGUCUAAUAAAAAUGAAUAAGAACAAGAUGCAAUCGAUCCACUGCAGCCUUCAGUAAACAAUCCCAGACUUGAUCCUGUGUUGGACGCCUAAUAACUUUGUGCGAAGUUUGCAAAUUAUCACAUUUUGUUAGUCUUAUUUGGAUGGAAUAAUUAAUUAAUUAAUAAUUACAUGUAAUAAAACUCUGGA